AUGGGCAACAAACUCGGCUGUUCGUGCGCGCCCCUGCAGAAAAAAGGGAAUCGCCAGGGCGAAAAUUCACCCUGGCAGGACAAACGCCGCAGAGACGGUCACCUCCUUCGGCUAUGGGCUGAGGUUUUUCACGUCAGCGGAACAGGCGGCGCCAUCAAAUGGCAAAGGGUGUCCGAAGAUCUGGUUCCGGUGAAUGUGACGUGUAUUCAAGACAACCCAGAUCUCGUCUUCCACAUCACGGCUUACAACUCGCAGGUUGACAAGAUUCUAGAUGUGCGGCUACAGCAGCCCGGCACAAGACUCGGUCAAGCCUCGGAAUGUUUCGUAUACUGGAAGGAUAGCCAUUCAGGAGACACGUGGGGUCUCAACUUUACGUCACCUGCCGAUGCCAAGCAGUUUAGAGACUGUUGUUCCUCGACAUUCAAAUUCUCGAGAAAGGCAUCAAGCUCGUAUUCGCUCAAAAUAGACGCUAAUAAGAAGGUUAAAGGAAAACGAAAACCACAGUCGACUCCAAGCUCACCGUCGCGGGGGCGCGCCGCCAGCUCCGGUGCUGAGCUACAAUGCACGUGUAUGACAGCCGAUAAUCUUCAUCGAACACGAAAUGGAAGAGUUCGGUAUACGGGAGCUUCAAACUUACCGCGGCCCACCCUGCCCCCGGCCAGCUCCGCAGCUAGUUCGGUUCGGCCAUCUGCGGUCGCAGCUGCCCGGGGCGAUAAAAGCAAACGUUCGAACAUGGAUCGGAGCCAACAGAAACUGCAAGGAGCUGCUGCGGGGGAUCAUCGCAGUCAGUCGACUCCGCGGUCGAGACAGGCUGUCGCUGGCUCGGGUCAGCCAACUCCCCAGCAGCAAGUGCGGUCUCGACAGCAAAUGGCUCAAGCUCAAUAUGCCGCUCGCAAGGAACAGGCGAAAAGCAUGGACUAUUCGAGCCAGUACGCUCUGAACCAGCCGUCGACGUCGUCAGGUGUCCGUGCUCGCAGUCCGCGACAAUCGAGUGCUACAUCGCUGCAACACGCUCGCUCAAAAUCGUCGGACAAUGUGUUCGAGGCAACCGAAAGAGGAGACAGAGAACGCUGCGCAACCGCCUGUGGAAUCGUGUCCGAUUUGGCGGGGCUCAGCCUCGACGCCAACACGCUCAAGCGAAUGUUGAAUCCGUUGCCGACUUCGGCGCACAGUUCUCCCAUUGACGCCAGUGGAAAUUGUGCAAAUGUUAUUUCUUCAAUGUCGCGCUCGUCCCAUCAUGGACCGCUCCGACCGCAGACUUCAUUGUCUUCGAUGAGGAGUGAACUACAUGCUCAGAUCCAACAGCAACAACAACAGCAGUUGCAACAGUCUCGAAGAAGGACGCAAUCGAUGGGUCGCCAAGGUCUGAUUCGGCAAGCAUCCAGAGAACGUGAUCAUCAGCGGCCCGAACUAGGACGAGGAAAAAGUCUCGAAAGGAGUCUGUGCCUAGAUCUGGUCGAUAAUAACUCUCCGGAACACUCAUCAGAGCAGUACCUCUACGAUAACUUAUGCUACGCAACGACCCCGAGUUCCUCAAACGAAAACAGUGAUAUGCCGAGCAGUUCCGACGAGGUGGUUCCAUCCCGCGAGAGGGAUCAGCAGUCGCCUACCAGUAGACUUCUUCAAGAGUACGAAGCUCACCUUCGGAGCGCCUUAGCCAGAGGACUCGACGCUGAAAGUUAUAGUCUUCACACGUUCGAGGCUUUGCUCACCCAAAGUAUGGAGAAUGUUGUGUCGUUGAUGAGAGAGGUCCACUCGGAGCUCGAGCAGAUCCGCCGGGAGGAACAAGCCCUGAAGAAGCCAUCAGGGGAUGUGACGCCCACCAACUCUUACAAUCGAGGAUCUUUCGAUUCUCGCACCCUCCCGUCGGCGAGUAGAGGAGGACCUCUCAGUCACGAGCGAAGUGGUCUCACGAGCCGACAUCUGUCCGUGCCCAACAUAGACCAGACCCAUGCCUUAUUGAAGCAAAGCUCUCUCGAAAGCGCAGACUCACGAAUCUACCUCACGUCGUCGGAGAUGUCAGAUGACGAGAGAUUAUCGCUGACAACGGCGAUUAGCGACGAGGAUGAGUAUGAGUCACAGCGCGCAAGUCCAUAUCGAUCGAAGGCCGCGUCCUUUAACUGCACAGGUGCUGUCCGUAAGGCUGGCUUUCUUAGCGUCAAAAAGUGGCUGUUAAGACGAAGACACCAGGUCGAACUCGCCCGAAAGAGAGGUUGGCGUGGGUAUUGGGUUUGCCUGAAAGGAACAACGUUGUUGUUCUAUCCCUGUGAUAACCGCGAAGGCAGGGCAAUUGAUGCUACGCCUAAGCACCUCAUCAUUGUGGAUGGUGCAAUCAUGCAACCCAUCCCUGAACAUCCCAAGAGAGAUUUCAUAUUCUGCCUGUCAACUGCCUUCGGGGACGCGUACUUAUUUCAAGCACCGUGUCAGGUGGAGCUCGAAAAUUGGAUUCAUAGUAUCCAUAGUGCUUGCGCUGCGGCGUUUGCACGUCAUCGAGGUCGGACUGGAACAUUGCAUCUACUCCAGGAGGAGAUCUAUCGGCUCGAGAAAGAAAUUGAAUCGGAUGCCAAGCUCAAACACAUGGCCGAGCUUCAACUGACUGUCGUAGCCGAUUCCGAUAGUCGGCACACCCUGACAGAGCAGAUCGGGCAAUGGGAGGCCAAUUUGGAACGGUUGCAUUGCGAGCAAUUCCGUUUGCGGUGCUAUAUGGCCUCCCUCCAAGUACAAGAACUACCCAAUCCCAAGAACCUGUUAACGCACGUCUCAAAGGCGACCAAAUCGACCCUUAACCAGCUGGGUGUGUUCACGGUGUCUUCAUUUCACGCGUACAUUUGCGCGCGAAGCCCUUCGAUACUUUCGAACCUUCUGGCGGGAAGGAGCGCCUCUAAAAGACGUAUGGCUGCUGCCGCUGCCGCAAAUUCAAGAUCUCAGCAACAAAACACCUUGUCAAGGUCAGCCAGCUCACGUUACCUCAAUACGCAAUCAUCGACGCAUUCUAGUGAUAUCCCAUCACUAGGAGAUCGAACUGUCGAAGUUGCCAUGCCCGAAACUCAGAGUGUUUUGUUGGGGAUUCGCGACGGAAUGACCGUCGACGAGUUGUUAGGAGCCGCCUGCUGUAAAGGACAACUUCCACCGAACGAUUACUUCCUGCGCUUCCAAGCCUCGCUUGAUAGCCCAGAGUAUUACGUCGCUCCUCGAACCGAGCUCCUCGACAACCUCCUGUUUGAAGGCCUGGAAGUGUGUCCUAAGGUUCUCUAUCAAGUGGAACUGUCGCGGGCAUCCCUCGAUCAAUUGUUCGGAUUCUCGGUAGAAGCCGAACUCUCUGAAAACAGCGACCAUCAAGACGAACUCUGUGUCUACGUUUCGCGUGUCGAAGAGGGAAGUCUCGCCCACAAUCAGGGCCUGAUCAAAGGCGAUGAGAUCAUGGUGAUCAAUGGAGCAAUCGUCGCCGACCUCGACAUGAUGUACAUUGAGUCGGUACUUCAAGAAGAACUGUCCCUAUGCAUGAUGGUGCGCUCGUCACGGAUGGAGGCUCCGGACAUACCCACUGGAUCAUGCAGCGUCCGAUCUGCCGAAGACUACAUCGAAUCGUUGGUGUGUCCACCUCCUCCCUGUGACGACGUGCUGUCUGAGGAAAUGAUCGGCAAACUGAUCGUUCCUUCACCGAUUUGGGGAUCUCAAGAGACGCGGUCGCCCGACACUUCUGGUCGACCUACGCCGUCUCCGGUACAACAAGUGUGCGAGCAGCCUGGAGCCACAGGGCUCUCGAGCGAACAAAUGGAAUCGCUGCUCAAAGUCAUUGAGGACUCAUGCAAAAAAACUGCCGAACAAGUGACGGAAUAUUGUCGUGGCGGUACAGAUCGGCGCCGAUCGAGUCUGGGUGGUUCCCAGAUCGAUCUGGCAUCUCUACAAGACGGAUCGGCUCCGCAGUAUCCUUCGUCAGCCUCGUAUGCCGGGCCAACGCCGCAAACGGUAAUCACGAAGCAGACGUCAGACGCGGAGAAGCUCCGCAAAGUCAUCCUCGAGUUGGUCGAUACUGAGAGAACUUAUGUAAAGCAAAUGGGAGAGCUCGUUGAGUGGUAUGUCGCCGUGAGUCACAAAACUUUGCCCCCGAACAGCGAAGUCAGCAAGCAUUUAAACAGUCUGCUGGACAAUCUAGACUCGGCGAAACGAGACCAGUUCUUCACCAAUGGUGAAAUCAGUACAUUAUUCGGAAACAUCCAGGACAUCGUUCAAUUCCAACAGCAGUUCCUUCAGAGUCUUGACGAAGCGCUACAAUCUGACCCAAGCUUCCUUCAGCUCGAACAUCCAAACUACUUCAAGAAUAUUCUGUUUGCUUUGGGGAACUCAUUCAUGUAUUAUACCGACCACUUCAAGCUGUAUAGCUCCUUCUGUGCAAGUCAUUCAAAAGCGCAGAAGGUUCUACAUCCGACGGAGGGCGGUGUCUUGUCUCUAUCAGAAAUGUGCCAGUCAUCGUCAGCUCCGUCGGUGCAGAAUCGGAAGGGGACGCAUAGCUUUUCUCUCGAAUCCUACCUCAUAAAGCCGAUCCAGAGAAUACUCAAGUACCCGUUACUUCUCCAGCAGUUGAAACAGCUCACAGAUCCUGUCACUGAAGAACAUCAGCAUUUGGCGGAAGCUCUAAAAGGAAUGGAAAGAGUUGCGGAGCACAUCAAUGAAAUGCAGCGAAUCCACGAAGAAUAUGGAGCGAUAUUCGAACAUCUGUACAGGCAGCACACUAGAACCACGAAACAAGCAGUGGACCUGAGUCCCGGAGAGUUGUUAUAUUACGGAGGAGUCGAAUGGCUGAAUAUCGCAGAAUAUCUCGGGAAGAUCAAAAAAGGUCUCGAACUUCACGCCAUGUGUUUUGUGUUCCGCACGGCGGUCGUUUUUCUCUGCAAGGAACGGGUUCGACAUAAGAAAAAACUCAUGGGCGGGGCGAAUAAAACUCCCUCAUCCGAUGUUGAAAUUAUUCGAUAUCAAGUGUUGAUCCCGGUGACCGAAGUACAAGUUAGGGCUAGCAGCCAAAAGGAUGCCGAUUCGAGAUUUUUAUGGGAGCUAAUCCAUCUCAAGUCUCAAAUUCAGAAGCGUUCCGAAAAGCUCUAUCAACUUUCCAAUAGUACAAGCGAGUUCCGGAACGCUUUCCUUCGAACCAUACGUCAGAUAAUCCGUGAGAGCGUGAGAAACAUGACAGUGCCGGCCUCGGGCAAAGACAACCCUGCCCUGACGAAGGUCAGCGGGGCCCAGACCAUGACGCGAACUUUGAGCGGGAAGCGCCGAAAUCGACACAACUCCGGAGAUCUUCUUGACAGUGAGUCUCCGCUGCAUGCGGCGACCGGAUCUUCAAGCGACUUCCGUACUCGCAGUCGAACCGUGACUGAUUCAAUGGAUGCUGUUGCGGCCACAGACCUUCGAGCAGUCGCCAAUGCAGCUGUCGUAGCUCGGAAUCAACGAGGCGCACAGCUGCAGCAGAUGGCGUCCACCAUUCACGACAAUUCAGACUCUGACCUGGAAGAUCGGCCGGAAUUCCUUUUCAACGCGGCCAGAGCACAUUCCUCCUUAUCGGUGUCGAGCGGUCAGUCUGUUUCGCAACAAGCGAGACUGAUUCAAUCAUCAGUCAAUAAUCAACAGCAACAACAACAGCAAUACGAUGACCAACCUUCAGAAGAAGCAAGUUCACCAAUUUGGAAACCUCGACCAGGUUCUGCACCUCUCACCGGAGAGCUACAGCCUGGAGACGAUGCAUUGAGCGGGGAGAAGACGAGUCGAAACGGACUGGAAGCAUCGGUGGCGGCGGGAGCUGCUUCCGGAUCUUCAAAGCAGCCGUUGAGUGAGCAAGAACAGCUCGAGCAGGAUCAAUUUUAUGUCUUCCAUGAAUAUCAUUCGCCCGAACACUACCAGUAUCCGGAAGACACCUGCUAA